CCAUUUACAAAAUUGGUGAAGGAAAUGCAACUUCAUCGAGAUGACUUUGAAAUUAUAAAAGUGAUUGGAAGAGGCGCGUUUGGUGAGGUUGCAGUUGUUAAAAUGAAGUGUACAGAGCGCAUUUAUGCAAUGAAAAUUCUAAAUAAAUGGGAAAUGCUCAAAAGGGCAGAGACAGCUUGCUUCCGAGAAGAGAGAAAUGUCUUGGUGAACGGAGAUUGCCAGUGGAUUACUACGUUGCACUACGCCUUUCAAGAUGAGAACUAUUUGUAUCUAGUGAUGGACUACUACGUUGGUGGUGACUUACUGACACUUCUCAGUAAGUUUGAAGACAAGCUUCCUGAAGAUAUGGCUAGGUUCUACAUUGGGGAAAUGGUGCUUGCUAUACAUUCCAUACAUGAGCUGCAUUAUGUGCACAGGGAUAUAAAGCCUGAUAAUGUUCUUUUGGACAUGAAUGGCCAUAUACGACUGGCAGACUUUGGGUCCUGCCUGAAAAUGAGUGAAGAUGGCACAGUACAGUCUUCAGUAGCAGUGGGUACACCUGACUACAUCUCUCCGGAGAUUCUGCAAGCGAUGGAAGAUGGAAUGGGAAAAUACGGGCCUGAAUGUGACUGGUGGUCGCUGGGUGUCUGCAUGUAUGAAAUGCUCUAUGGUGAAACACCCUUUUAUGCAGAGUCAUUAGUGGAAACCUACGGGAAGAUUAUGAAUCAUGAAGAACGAUUUCAGUUUCCAUCCCAUGUUACAGAUGUGUCUGAAGAAGCAAAAGAUCUCAUUCAGCGCCUGAUCUGCAGCAGGGAACGUAGACUGGGACAGAACGGAAUAGAGGAUUUUAAGUCUCAUGCAUUUUUUGAAGGACUUAAUUGGGACAACAUCCGAAACCUAGAAGCACCUUACAUUCCAGAAGUUAGCAGUCCUUCUGACACCUCGAACUUCGAUGUAGAUGAUGAUGUAUUAAGAAAUCCAGAAGUGGUGCCACCAAGUUCUCAUACAGGCUUUUCUGGAUUGCAUUUACCAUUUGUUGGGUUUACAUACACAACUGAUAGCUCUUUAUCUGAUAGAGGCACUUUAAAGAGUGCGAUGCAGUCUGACACUGUAACCAAAGAUACGGAUGUACAGCGUGACUUAAAGAACACUUCACAAAUUGAAGGCUAUGAAAAGAAAAUACGGAAAUUAGAGCAAGAAAAGCAGGAUUUGAACAGAAAACUGCAAGAAUCUACACAGACAAUGCAGAACCUCCAAGCUCCGGUGUGUGUUACGGUAAAUACAAGCCGCGAUAAGGAGAUUAAAAAAUUAAAUGAAGAAAUUGAACGGUUGAAGAACAAAUUAACAGAUAUAAGUAAACUGGAAGGACAGCUUGCAGAUGCAGUAGCUUUUCGCCAGGAGCAUGAAGACUCUAUACACAAGUUGAAAGGACUAGAAAAACAGUGCAGAGUCCUGCGGCAAGAAAAGGAGGACCUUCAUAAGCAACUCGUAGAAGCCUCAGAGAGAUUAAAGAUGCAAUCCAAAGAGUUGCGGGAUGCCCACCAGCAGAGGAAGCUGGCUGUGCAGGAGUUCUCCGAGCUCAGUGAGAGGAUGGGAGACUUGAGGUCCCAAAAGCAGAAGCUGUCUCGGCAACUUCGCGACAAAGAAGAGGAGGUGGAAAUGAGCAUGCAGAAAAUUGAUGCCAUGCGACAGGACAUCCGUAAAUCAGAGAAGAUCAGAAAAGAGCUGGAAGCCCGACUUGAAGAAGUUGUAGCAGAAGCAUCAAAAGAACGCAAGCUUCGUGAGCACAGUGAGACCUUCUCCAAACAACUGGAAAAUGAACUGGAAGCUCUAAAGCUGAAGCAGGGAGGCCGGGCAGCAGGUGCCACACAAGAACAUCAGCAGGAGCUUUCUAAAAUUAAGUCUGAGCUGGAAAAGAAAAUCCUUUUUUAUGAAGAAGAGUUGGUCCGACGAGAAGCCUCACAUGUUUUGGAAGUAAAAAAUGUGAAAAAGGAAGUACAUGAUUCAGAGAGUCACCAGCUUGCACUGCAGAAAGAGAUAAUGAUAUUAAAGGAUAAAUUAGAGAAAACAAAGCGAGAGAGGCACAGUGAAAUGGAGGAAGCAGUAGGAACAAUGAAAGAGAAAUAUGAGCGUGAAAGAUCUAUGCUCUUGGAAGAUAACAAAAAGCUAACAACAGAAAAUGAGAGGCUCUGCUCCUUUGUGGACAAAUUAACAGCACAGAACAGACAGCUAGAAGAUGAGCUCCAAGACCUAGCAGCAAAGAAGGAGUCUGUUGCUCACUGGGAAGCUCAGAUUGCAGAAAUUAUCCAAUGGGUAAGUGAUGAGAAGGAUGCUCGUGGCUAUCUCCAAGCCUUAGCUUCCAAGAUGACAGAAGAACUAGAAUCAUUGAGAAGUUCCAGUCUGGGGUCACGAACACUGGAUCCACUGUGGAAAGUGCGGCGCAGUCAGAAGUUGGACAUGUCAGCUAGGCUGGAGUUACAGUCUGCCCUCGAUGCAGAAAUUCGUGCCAAACAACUAGUUCAAGAAGAGCUACGGAAAGUUAAAGAUGCAAACAUAUCAUUUGAAAGUAAAUUGAAGGAAUCGGAAGCAAAAAAUAGGGAACUGCUGGAAGAGAUGGAAGCUUUGAAGAAGAAACUGGAAGAAAAAUACAGAACAGAUUCAGGUCUCAAACUUCCAGAUUUUCAAGAUUCCAUUUUUGAAUAUUUCAACACCUCUCCUCUUGCACGUGAUCUGACCUUCAGAACCAGUUCUAUUAGUGAGCAGGAAACACAGGGUCCCAAGUCAGAAGUUUCACCGUCAACUUCAGUUGUAACUGCAGAGCAACAACAAGAAUUUUUUGUGAUUCAGGAACCAAUUCGGCUUCAGAGGAUGCCUGCUGUUCCUUCCCCCACCAUUCAAUCCAUUUCUCUAGCUGUACCAAAGCCUAAAGCUCACCAGCUCAACAUCAAGUCGUUCACAAGCCCUACUCAGUGUAGCCAUUGCACCUCUCUUAUGGUGGGAUUAGUUCGACAAGGUUAUGCCUGUGACGUGUGUUCAUUUGCAUGCCAUGUUUCCUGCAAGGAUAGCGCGCCUCAGGUCUGCCCCAUACCCCCUGAGCAAGCCAAAAGGCCUCUUGGAGUAGAUGUGCAAAGAGGAAUAGGAACCGCCUAUAAAGGUUAUGUCAAGGUCCCAAAGCCUACAGGAGUUAAGAAAGGGUGGCAGAGGGCUUAUGCAGUUGUCUGUGACUGUAAACUCUUCUUAUAUGAUGUGCCUGAAGGAAAAUCCACCCAGCCUGGAGUUGUUGCAAGUCAAGUCUUGGAUCUCAGAGAUGAAGAUUUUUGUGUGAGCUCUGUCCUAGCAUCGGAUGUGAUACACGCAACUCGUAAAGACAUCCCUUGCAUAUUCAGGGUGACAGCUUCUCUCUUAGGUUUGCCUUCAAAGUCUUGUUCUCUCCUGAUCCUGACGGAAAAUGAGAAUGAGAAGAGAAAGUGGGUUGGAAUCCUAGAAGGGCUGCAGUCUAUCUUGCACAAAAACAGACUGAAAAACCAGGUUGUGCAUAUUCCACAAGAAGCCUAUGACAGUACACUGCCUCUUAUUAAAGCAAGUUUAGCUGCUGCUAUUGUAGAUCGAGAUAGAAUAGCGAUUGGUUCAGAAGAAGGACUGUAUGUGAUAGAAGUGACCCGUGACGUGAUAGUCCGAGCUGCUGACUGCAAGAAGGUGUACCAGAUAGAGCUUGCUCCCAAAGAGAAAAUUAUCAUCCUCAUCUGCGGUCGGAAUCAUCACGUUCACCUUUACCCCUGGGCCUCUCUGGAUGGGUCGGAAGGAAACUUUGACAUUAAGCUUGCAGAAACUAAAGGCUGCCAGUUGAUUACAACUGGAACACUAAAGAAGAGUUCUUCGACUUGUUUGUUUGUGGCUGUCAAGCGGCAGGUUUUUUGCUAUGAAAUUCACAGAACUAAACCUUUCCACAAAAAAUUCAGUGAAAUUCAGGCUCCGGGAACUGUACAGUGGAUGGCAGUGUUCAAGGACAAGCUCUGUGUUGGCUACCAGUCUGGGUUCUCUCUGUUGACCAUCCAGGGAGAUGGACAAUCUAUAAACCUGGUAAAUCCUAAUGACCCCUCGCUUAUCUUCCUCUCACAGCAGUCUUUUGAUGCCCUUUGUGCUGUGGAGCUCAGUAAUGAGGAAUACCUGCUUUGCUUCAGCCAUAUGGGAGUAUACGUCGAUUCGCAAGGUCGAAGGUCACGCAUGCAGGAACUAAUGUGGCCUGCAACUCCUGUUGCCUGUAGUUGCAAUUCUUCAUACGUAACAGUGUAUAGCGAGUACGGUGUCGAUGUAUUUGAUGUUAACACUAUGGAAUGGGUCCAGACUAUUGGCCUGCGAAGGAUCAGACCAUUAAACAUGGACGGCACGCUGAAUCUCCUGAACUGCGAGCCCCCGAGACUAAUAUAUUUCAAGAACAAGUUUGCAGCAGGAGCUGCCCUCAGCGUACCAGAAACCUCUGACAACAGCAAGAAGCAGAUGCUUCGAACGAGGAGCAAAAGAAGAUUUGUGUUUAAGGUUCCUGAGGAAGAGCGACUGCAGCAAAGGCGGGAAAUGCUUAGAGACCCCGAGCUAAGGUCAAAGAUGAUUUCUAACCCAACGAAUUUCAACCACGUGGCUCAUAUGGGACCAGGAGAUGGAAUGCAGGUUCUCAUGGACCUCCCACUGAGUGUCCUGCCUGCUGCACAGGAUGAGAAACCGUGUCCGUCUACCGCCAACCUCUCACGGCAGCAGCAGCAGCAGAGAAACAAGACCUAUAUCUCAUGGCCCUCGUCAAGUGGCAGUGAUGUGGGAGGAGCCAUGCCUUCCCGAAGCAUGUCUGAUCCUGACCAGGAGUUUGACAAAGAGCCCGAUUCAGACUCCACCAAACACUCUACUCCAUCCAACAGCUCAAAUCCAAGUGGUCCCCCGAGCCCCAACUCUCCUCAUAGGAACCAGCUAACGCUGGAUGGACUAGACCAGUCAACCUGCGACGCGUAACACUGCCACCCUCACCGUGCCGGCUUCCAUCAUCCACUGCUCCCUGGAGUCUUCAAGAGCAGGGCAAAGCUGUCUCAGAUGCUAGUGCCAAGACUGACACUGAAUCUCUAGUGUUGUACAAGAAUAAUUAUAUAUCCAGAUUGUAGAUACAAACUAUUGAAAUGAAGAAAAUUCUUUACUAAAUAGCAAUCGGGCUUUUUAUGCGGAAUUGUUCACUGCUCAGUUACGGUUGGUUCCUGUCUGCACAGCUGUGACACAGUUUUAUUGCAUAGGAGCAUUUAAGGCCACCAGUAAAUAGUCUUAUUCUUAUGCUGAAAA